AAUUCCGACAGCGUCAAUUGGGCGUUACUUUUCGGGAAAUGCCGAUCCGUAGUGCAACCUCCGGGAUUCGGUUGUGAUUGGUGCCGAGAUUAAGUUGCGGCGCCCGGCUCUUGGCGAAUUUUCGAAAGAUCAGUUUGCGUACUGGGUGACAUAAUUGCUUACAAGGGGGAUCUGUGACGACCCCAGUGGGAAUUGGGCCAGUGCUUGCGCUGAGGAGCGAUGAUCAAUGGGACGUUCCCGGAACUGGAGACGGAGGUGUCGUAAUUCCCCCGCCCGCCGGCUUAACUAAAGAUAGACGCUACCCCGUGCCCCCGAUACUAAAUUACCCCACAAUUGAUAAUUGAGCGGAAUUGAAUUAAAUCACAGCAGCCUGGGCAGAGGCACCCAAAUCUGGGCAGCUCAUGGGCUCAGUGAGCCACCGACGAACGCGAGAGUCGGACAUAUAUACCAUCCAAAUCCAACGUAGUUAGUCGCCAUGGCGAACAUCGAGGAGAUUCUGGGCGAGCUGCAGCAGUUCGCCUGGCCGGACUAUGUGGCCUUUGUUUCGAUGUUCCUGCUCUGCAUCGGGAUUGGGAUAUACUUCGGGUUCAUGAACAAGUCCGUUUCCGAGGAUGACUAUAUGCUAGGCGGCAGAAAGAUGCUGGUAAUCCCCAUCGCCUUCUCCUUGGUGGCCAGCUUUGUAUCCGGAAUCACGCUGCUCGGUCUUCCCACGGAGGUCUACUCCUAUGGGAUCCAGUAUCUCUAUGUGGCCUGCGGCGUCAUCGGCAUGGGUGUGGUAAUGGGUGUUUUUUACCUACCCGUUUUCCACGACCUGAAUAUCACAUCCACCUACGAGUAUCUGGAGAUUCGCUUUGAUCGCAGGCUACGCCUUUACGGAUCAGUUAUGUUUGCCAUUAUGAAUGUGGCCUAUCUGCCCAUAGUAAUCUAUGUACCUGCGUUGGCCUUCAACCAGGUGACGGGAAUUGGAGUCCAUACGAUCACGCCGAUCGUGAGCAUCAUCUGCGUUUUCUACACCAGCUUGGGAGGAUUAAAGGCAGUGGUCUGGACGGACGUGGUGCAGGCAGUGUCCAUGGUUGGAGCGCUCUCCUUGGUGGCGAUAAAGGGUACGCACGACAUUGGAGGAGCUGGAGUGGUACUGGAGCGAGCUUGGAACAGCGAUCGGCUGGAAGCACCAGAUCUUCGCAUCGAUCCCACUGUGCGCCACACCUUCUGGUGCCUGUUCUUCGGAGGGAUUGUCUACUGGACGCAGACCAAUGCUGUUUCCCAGAACAUGAUCCAGAGGUACUUGUCCCUUCCGUCCCUCGGCGAUGCCCGGAAAGCGCUCUGCAUCUUCUGCGUCGGCGUGCUCAUCCUGAUGGCGCUCUGUGGAUACAAUGGGCUGCUGAUCUACGCCACCUACCAGAACUGUGAUCCCCUGACCACCAAGCUGGCAAAAGCCCGAGAUCAACUCCUCCCGCUCUUUGUGAUGAAGACCCUGGGCGAACUGCCCGGCAUGACUGGACUCUUCAUUGCCGGCGUCUUCAGUGCCGCCUUAAGUUCCCUUUCCACCUGCCUCAACUCCAUGUCUGCCGUGGUUCUGGAGGAUUUCGUCAAGCCUUACGUGAAGAAACCGCUUACCAGCUCGGCCAUCAACUGGAUCAUGCGCCUGGUGGUCGUCGGAGUGGGAGCCCUCUGUGUGUGCCUGGUCUACGUGGUGGAGCACAUGGGCACUGUCCUUCAGCUGACCAUGAGUCUGGAGGCGAUUACGAACGGUCCUUUGUUUGGUAUCUUUACUAUAGGUCUGUUUCUACCCUGGAUCAAUGGAAAUAGCGCUUUGCUGGGCGGGAUUAUGGGUGUAAUAGCCAUGUCCUGGGUGAGUCUAAAUGCCCAAUGGGCCAUCGCCUCUGGAGCCAUUAGCUACCAUACGAAACCGUUGAAUGUGGAGCAGUGCGACUACAGCUACAAUAUGACCACCAGUCUGGCCAACUCAACGCACCUGGUGGCAUCUGCUGAGGACAUCUUUCCGCUCUACCGGAUCUCUUAUAUGUGGUACACCACUUUUGGUGCCUCCAUCACUAUAAUCGUAGCUCUGCUAGGAACCUUGGUAUUUGGAAAGAAUAAUCCCAACAAAGUGGAUCCAGUGCUGCUCACUCCCUGCAUACGAAAGUUCUUUGCUUUCGGCUCUGAAAAGCCCAUGGAUGCCUACAAGGCCGACAUUCCACUACAGCACAAGCUCCGUCACGACGAGGUGGCCUUAUGAUCAUGCGAAUGCGAUCCCAUUUGGAUAUGCUGAAAUCUAAUGCUGGGUAAAUGUUUCCAUUUUAACCUAAACGAUUUCGAUCCCUUGUAAUAUUAAAAGAAUUAAAUAUCUACAUUUUA